AUGGCGACAGCAGAAAGCGCUAUUUCUAGCGCUGAUGUCUUUGAUGCGAUCGUCAACAAAGCACCUGGUCCUUUAGACAUCCCCAUAAUGAGGGCUCUGGUCGGACCUCCAACAAAUGUUCGUGUUGAAGCCACGUCGAACAGCUCGGCCGUGGUGCAAUGGGACUUUGAAAAUGGACAGGUUGAUGGCUUUGUCGUGAAGUACAUGCAUGAGCCGGGAGGGCGAUCAGAUACUGAAAGAUGGACAGCCCGAACAGUGAUGAGCCCGACGUCGCGACAUCUUGAAGUUCCUCAUCUCACAGCUCACAAACCUUACGCGUUCUGUGUUCUGGCCAUUAAGAAUAAUGUAAGUUCCAAGCGCAUUUAG